AACCGGCCACGAGACGCAGCCCCAUUCCAGCUUUUGGCAAGCGACGCCGCCGCUCUCUCCGCCGCCUUCCGCCUAACAAGGGUGACCUUUUUCCCUCCGCUGUAUUAUGUCUGGCUGCUUAAGGGAUUGCGUGCAGCAACUGACACCGCGCCUGACUUCCUCCCGCUCGGCUCCAAGCAAGCUGCUUUAGGUAUACAAAUGCUCUCUGUCCAGCCAGACACGAAACCGAAAGGUUGUGCUGGCUGCAACCGUAAGAUCAAGGACAGGUAUCUCCUCAAGGCCCUGGACAAGUACUGGCAUGAGGACUGUCUGAAAUGUGCCUGCUGUGACUGCCGCUUGGGGGAAGUGGGCUCUACCUUGUACACCAAAGCCAACCUUAUCCUGUGCCGCAGAGACUACCUAAGGUUAUUUGGUGUUACUGGAAACUGUGCAGCCUGUAGCAAGCUUAUCCCUGCUUUUGAGAUGGUGAUGAGAGCCAAGGACAAUGUUUACCACUUGGACUGUUUUGCAUGUCAACUUUGUAAUCAGAGAUUUUGCGUGGGAGACAAAUUUUUCCUAAAGAACAACAUGAUUCUGUGCCAGACGGACUAUGAAGAGGGCUUAAUGAAAGAAGGCUAUGCACCCCAAGUCCGCUGAUUCAGACCCUCUCCGCUCAGAGUAUGGAAGCCCAACAUUCUUCUUUUCUUUUCUUUUCUUUCCUUCUCUUUUCUUUAACAUGUAAAUAAGAAAUGACACCGGAACCUACUAAAUAGCAUAGAUAUAGGGAGACAGAAUGGUCUUGGGGAAUAAAAGGAGGACUGCACUUACCUGUAGUGGAAAUUGCACCCGUUCACAGCUGGAUGUCCAUUAAAAGAUACUGUAAAUACUGCUGAAAGUUUAGUUUUGGUUUGGCUUGCUGGUUGUUUUGUUUUGUUUUUUUGUUUAUUCCUUUUGUGUCCUUUGGCAUGAAAUGCUUCUUUUGGACGAAUGUACAUAAUAUAUUGUAAGAUUUGAAACACAAAUGUAAUACAGUUUUAUUGUGUUACCAUUUGUGAUCCUGUUUGCUUCUUUGUAUUGUUGCAUUUAGUACAAUCGGUGUCUAAACUUUAUUAUAUAUUUAUGCUUUCUGUAUCUACCAGCUAUUUUGAAAAAGCUAUAUCUUUCUAGUAAAACCAACAAACAAGGAAAAAAAAAGAAUUUUAAGAGCCAAUCCCAUUGUCUUCUUCUCUGUAUCGGAAGCUGUACAACUGCUCCAUUGACACUUGAACUGUACGAUUAAAAAUAACAGAUGAGAUUGAGCCAAAGUUAAGUACUUACUUCUAUUGAAAUGGAUAGGACAUAUUUAAGUGCAUGUUUAACUCUUCUCUUGAAAUCAGUGGGAUUUAGAAGUGCUUCACUUUUUACUAGAUUACAAUGCUAGCAACAGACAGUGCUGAAAUUGCUGUGGUCCAAGAUAUUUUAGAAGAUCUUUGAAAACCUGCUGCUGCUUUUUCCUUUUUAAAAGAAGAGGAAUGAUGUUAGCUCUUUUCUUUCACACUGUGCAUUGAAAAGUACUUCCUGGUUUGCCAUAAUAAUUUGGAAAUGGCUAUGUUGUA